AUGAAGAGUUACAUAUCGAACGGAAGCGCCGAUGGACGAAUGUACUUCAGAGGCGCUCAGCUGUAGAGGCUACUUACAUAAGGCUUUUCCUGGUCUCCUCUGCACAACCUCUGUAAAAAGAUGAUUAAUUUUAGAGCCCUUCAACUAGCAAACGAACAGCAAAGUGCAUAUGGCUUGAGGUAUGAUGACUUUGCCAGAUAUAGGAAGCAUUGUGCAAAUCGCACCCAUCGCCUACGGUCUUCACUCAAAUUGACCCAUGGAACGAAAGGGAAAGAGUUCAGGAAACUUCCAUCGUUGACUGAAAUGGACUUGGAAAAAGUCAAGGAAGGACAUCUUCAGCUCCUUCUCUUCGAAUCCGAACGAGCUUGGGCCUAUGCACAAGAGCUCACUUCCCUAUCUCUUCUCCCAACCAAUUCGGCGCAUUCCGCAUCUCUACUUCACCACGCAACCGGUCGUUUCCGACGCGCCAUCAAUUGGGCCACACAACUGCUCUCGUUGACCCAACGUCUCUACACCUCUCACAAAUUCACCGCAGAAUCUCUCCUCGAAUGUACUGCCUACUUACUUUUACUCAACGGGCGUUUCCUUCUCAGCGCUCCUCGAGAGGAUUUCGAGUCUGCUUUACCACAGCUGUGCGUCACCCGUCUGAUUCUCGAUAUCCUAGCCCUUCAUGCCGGGGAUUCUCGAGAUCAGGCUCUGGCCGUGCUUUGGUCAGACCAGGUGGGUCCGAUGGUGAGGUGGUGUGCGCAUCAAAUGGGUAGAGAGAAGGCGUACGACGUUGAUUCCAUUGUCAAGGAGGUUUCAGAGCAGAACGUGAGAGACCUUGUGGAUAAUUGGGACGAAGUUGCGGAGAAGUUUAAGAAAGACGCUGAACAUUAUGGAUUGGGCUCUAAUGCGAAGAAGUUGGGUAAGCUUGAUGAAAGCAGAUUGAUGUGGGAAGGUGAACCUGUUCCGGUACGCAAUCCGGAAUUAGUGGAUGUGUUGUUGAAGGUACAGAGCGCCGAGAUGAAAAUGGCCUCAAGCAGUGGCAAGGACGGGAAAGCCCCGACUAAGGGAGGUCAAGGAGGGAAAAAAGCUGUCGCGGCUUAUGAUUCUGUUCUCGCUGCGUUGAGCGACGCGGAAGAGGUAGCGAGGAAGUUGAGUGAGAGUGAGUCGCAGAAGGCUUCCUCUUCGACCAUUCCAGGAUCUCUCCCUUCCAGCGGUGGAGGUCAAAUCCGGGACAUGCAUUUCGUCCAUACCUACAUCGUGUACCAGCUUUUAUCUAAGCGGAUCCAGCGAGAUUUAUUGUUGGUUGAUGCGUUAGUUGGGGAGGCAGAUGCAGCGGGAGCCGCAGGAAUAAAGGGAAAGACAAUUUCGUCAACCUCGACUUCCUCUGCAGACCCACGUCUCUACCCCGCCAUCGUCAAGCUCCUUGACUCCAUCCUCCAAUCUCUCUCCCAACUCCGUACUCUAAGCAUCGUGGAUGAUAAUCCUGAUCUUAGUGCUGCUGUCGAUGCGAGGAUCGGGUUUUCUAAAGCCAAGAGAUGUGUUAACCUUGCCAAAUGUUAUAUCGUCAUCCCAGGGGAUAAAAAGUAUGCUGAGGCGCUAACACUCCUUCAACAUGCCACCAUCCAUCUACGCGAGGCGCGUCGGGUGCUGGAGACACUCGGUCUAUCGGCUGAUGAUUCUGACCCCAACGACGAAGUAGAAUUUUACCCCUUGCUGGAAAAGGAUCUUGAGGUUCUGGAAGAAUCCAUAAACAAAGAGGGAUUAGAGUAUAAGAGAACAUGGUUGGAGAAAGGUGGUGCUGGAGUAGGAGAACAACAGGGAGGGAAAGGUCAGAAGCAGAAGAAGCCAGUGUUCUUCAACAUUGCUUUGAAUUAUGUGGAUGUGGAUGUGGAACUUAUGGAAAGGUUGAGAGAGAGGGCUGGGAUGACCCCAACUGCAGCCUCAACUACUCAAACUUCUACUGGUUCUACUCAAAAUCGGAUCGCUCAGGCAACACUUGGAUCGUCAAAAGCUCCGGCAAUAGCAGCACCUAAGGCAUUUGCGUCGGCGGUUGGACCUAGAGCAAAAGCAGCGGUAAUGGAAGAGGGCAUGAGUCGGAGCGGAACGCCUGAACCCAGAGAAUCAGAUGGGAACAAAGCAGCUGGUGCCACGAGCAGGCUGGGUAGCCUGUUGGGUGGAUGGUGGGGAAAGAAUUGACUGCUGCAGACUCGAAUUGAUUCAUGUAUCGGAAUGCUCAGAAGCCCAUGAUGGACGACGUCCAGAAUCAUUU